AUGGCUUAUAACUAUGUGCAUCACGUUAGGAGAAGCAUGCACGAUGAACUAGACGACUGCACGGUAGGUUCUUCACCAUCAAUAAUUUUUUUAUGAAU